GAAGCCACAUUCCUGCUCUGUUCUCCUUGCAGAAUCCUAAAUAUUGCUUUUGAUUGUUCACUACAAAUCAUCCAUUAGGACUGCAUUGCUUCUGUUCACAAAGAGGACAAUAGUUUACAAGGCGGAUUUUAUAUUUUAAAGCCAAAUAUCUGCAUCCCCCUGUCUAACUUUUUGCAGCCCGCACAACCUCCACGUUAUAGUAUUUGAGAAGAAAAGAUUGGGAGCGAUCAUAGAUCCAGCUCUGGGUUACUGGAUACUGAAAUACAACCUCGAAAACUCUGCUGACCCAAACAGAUUGAGGACGUGAUUCCCAGACUUUGGAAAUAAGUAAAUACGCAUCUGGGCUACAAAGUCCACACAGAAAAAAGUACUUAACUUCCAUCUGUAUUCUAAUCGUUAUGCUGACGGAUAGAGUGAGGAGAAUUCGACAUUCUGACUAGACGUUUCUUUUCUGCACGCAGCACAUGUAUGUUUGUGUCCCGGGGUAAAGAAGGAAACAUUGUUACUGGCAGAGGGGAGGAACAUGGUGGUCGCCAUUGGGAGUUGUAGCAGGACGAUUUAUGCAGCAUUUUAGUUUGUGUUUUAUUACUGCAGGAGAUAAUACAGAGAACAUAAGGAGACCUCUUUGUGCCCAAGCAGAGAGGGGACAAAAAAAAGAAGUUAGUUUUCCAAGUGUGAAUUAAAGUGAGAUGCAAAAACUGGGAGACAGUGAGAGGUGGGGGUGGAGGAGCCAGCAGAGCCUGGAUCAGAUUACAUUCUUACACUCCUCUCUCCCUCUCUUCAAAUCCCUUCCAUGAAAGUUUUUGUUAGGGACAGCAGUGAGCUGGUUUAACUUAAAACCCAAACAAGUUGCGUGCAUAUGUUAGACCGGACUGUGAUUUGUGUGGGUGGGUACUUGGAGGAGGGGGUCUUUGUUGGGAGAAGGAUUUUGGGCAUCGAGAAAUAGAGGAAACUAAAAGUGCCUGGAACUAGAGGAAUCAUCAAGUAAAAUGGAGGAGGGCAAUGAGAAGAAGCACAGAGGGCUAGGAGUAGCCUGAGUGUUACAAGGAGUGAGUUUGAUGACCUCUUAGCACUGUGUACUUGAGGGGAGACAAUUUGGCUGAGGCCUUCUCCAUCCCUCCUUGUUAAGAUGUCUUCCCUGGAGCCUUGGAGCAGCUGGCUUGUGAAGUUGUGUUUCUUUUUCUGUGUCCUUGGGACAGGAAGGACUCAGUUCAAUGAGACCAUCUAUCUGGAUCGAUGUAAGAAGAGCACAACUUGUGAAGCCUUAAAAUACAACAUCUGCCUGGGAUCUGUUUUACCCUAUGCAUAUACAUCAAUAGUGCUGGCUGAGGACUCCAACUCCCAGGAAGUAGUUCGCGAAAAGUUGACUCUUUGGACUGGAAUACGAAAUGUACCCCGCUGCUGGGAGGCUAUCCAGCCCUUGUUGUGUGCUGUCUACAUGCCAAAGUGUGAAGGAGGUAAAGUAGAACUGCCCAGCCAAGGACUCUGUCAGGCCACACGGGGGCCUUGUGCUAUCGUGGCACGUGAAAGAGGUUGGCCUGACUUCCUGAAGUGUUCUACGGACCGGUUUCCUGAAGGCUGCCCGAAUGAAGUGCAGAACAUCAAGUUCAACAGCUCGGGACAAUGUGAAUCACCUCUAGUCCGGACAGACAAUCCCAAGAGUUGGUAUGAGGAUGUAGAAGGUUGUGGCAUCCAAUGUGAGAAUCCUCUCUUCACAAAGACGGAACACCGCGAGAUGCACGUCUACAUUGCUAUUUUCAGCUCGGUCACCAUUUUCUGCACAUUUUUCACUCUGGCCACCUUCGUCUCAGACUGGAAAAACUCUAACCGCUAUCCUGCAGUUAUCCUCUUCUAUGUGAAUGCUUGCUUUUUUGUGGGCAGUAUAGGAUGGCUUGCCCAGUUCAUGGAUGGUGCCCGUGAGGAUAUUGUGUGUCGUGGGGAUGGCACAAUGAGGCUGGGAGAGCCAACGUCCAAUGAGACGCUGUCCUGUGUAAUUAUUUUUGUCAUAGUGUAUUAUUCCAUGAUGUCAGGCGUUAUUUGGUUUGUCAUGCUCACAUACGCCUGGCACACAUCCUUUAGGGCUCUGGGUACCACUCACCAGCCCCUCUCUGGGAAGACUUCCUAUUUUCAUCUUGUCACCUGGUCAAUCCCCUUCGUACUCACUGUCGCAAUACUCGCAGUUGCUCAGGUGGAUGGGGACUCUGUGAGUGGGAUCUGCUUUGUUGGAUAUAAGAACUAUCGUUAUAGAGCCGGCUUUGUCUUGGCUCCCAUCGGGCUUGUGCUGAUCAUCGGUGGUUACUUCUUAAUACGAGGUGUAAUGACACUGUUUUCAAUCAAAAGCAAUCACCCAGGCCUCCUAAGCGAGAAGGCAGCAAGUAAAAUCAAUGAAACCAUGCUGCGAUUAGGAAUAUUUGGAUUCUUGGCAUUUGGCUUUGUGCUUAUCACCUUUACCUGCCAUUUCUACGAUUUCUUCAAUCAGGCUGAGUGGGAGAGAAGCUUCCGGGAAUAUGUUCUCUGUGAAGCCAAUGUGACUAUCGCAGCCCAGACUAACAAGCCGAUCCCAGAUUGUGAAAUCAAGAACAAACCUAGCCUCCUGGUAGAAAAGAUCAAUCUGUUUGCUAUGUUUGGCACAGGCAUAGCCAUGAGUACAUGGGUGUGGACGAAGGCCACCAUUAUAAUCUGGAAGAGGGCAUGGUGCAGGAUUCUGGGACGCAGCGACGAUGAACCAAAGAGAAUCAAGAAGAGUAAAAUGAUUGCAAAAGCUUUUUCAAAGCGAAAGGAAUUGCGGAACAACCCAGAAAGGGAGCUUUCCUUCAGCCUUCACACUGUGUCCCAUGAAGGACCUGUGGCUGGACUGAACUUUGACAUUAACGAGCCAUCAGCUGACAUGUCAUCAGCAUGGGCACAGCAUGUCACAAAGAUGGUUGCCAGGAGAGGUGCUAUUUUACCUCAAGACGUGUCUGUCACUCCUGUGGCAACUCCAGUACCUCCUGAAGAAAGAGAGAGCAUGUGGUUGGUAGAGGGAGACGUGGCUCAUAGGUUAGAGAAAAAAAUGAUGAAGAAGAAAAAGAGGAGGAGGAAGAAAGAAAUACGCCCUGUUGAAGAAACCAGGGGCAUCGGUAAUCUGUCUGCCCGUGGAUCUACUGCUGUACCACGGCUUCCUAAGUUGCCUGCAAAGCCGGGCCUAAUUAGUAAAGCAAGAGAGGCACCUGACAUGGAAGAGGCACUCCCAGGAUUAUACAGGGAGUACAGAAGGUGGCCACCAAUCCAAGGAAAUUUGUAUCUAGGCGAGAACAUGGAUAAUAAUGUGGGAUACAGAAGAUACCAUCAUAGCAAUGCCAUAUCUCAUCCUUAUGCCACUGAUGAGACUCCAGAUCAGAGCAGCAUUCGGUUCAUCCCUCCCCCUAGGCGAGAUGGUGUGUUCCAGUAUGCAAAUAGAACACCUCAAUCACAUCACGUGGGACCCACAACCCAUAAUGUAAGAACUCAAUCGAGAAGGACAGUUGGUCCCCCGAAAAAUUCCAGGGCAAACCUUAUGGAUGCAGAGCUAAUGGAUACAGAUUCAGAUUUUUAGUGAUCAUGAACACAUAUUGGAUGGGCUCAUAUGUUUGAUGGGAAGCUAGUCAAGAAUUGCGACUUAGUCUUCAGAUUUUUAGAUGUCAUGUUACUGGCAAUCAGGAUGUCCUUAAAAUAUCUAGAGAGAUCCUUGUGGAUACAUGUUAGUGUUGAAGUAUUUUCCAGCUGUUGCUUUGGUUUGUUUGAUUUUUAAUAUGGAUAAAAACCACAAACUGAUGACCAGAGCCGGGAAAACAAAAUAAUGUCCUUCUUAGGGCUUCAUGAGUUUGUAAUCCUAGUCAUUACUGCUGUGCAGUACUCACUCCUAUGGUUCUCUCUGUCCAUUACGCAGAGGUAUUUUGUUAAAUAUGAUGUCGCAGACAUAUAUAUGUAUACAUAUAAAUGAGAUUUCCCUUGUGUGCCUUUUGACAAUUGGCUAUGGCAGAAUUCGUGUUGUCUCCUCCUGGAUUCCACUUUUAAGCUGUUUCCAUGAGAACUUUAAAUGUGCCUUGGAGCUGGGAGUCAGUCUGUAUCUUGGGAUAGCUUUGCCUUGCUGCAUAGUAUCUCACUAAAUUGCGAAGCCUCCAAUUCAGAACAUGUCAUUACCUUAUUUUGUAUUUAAACAAGGACUUUCAAAGGCCUUAAUUGAGAUGAAUCCUGUCCACCUCUUACCUGGACAGAGCGUUUACAAAUGUAGGAAUUGUUUCACCUUGUAAAUUUUUUUGAAGUCGUAAAUUCCAGUGUGUAAAUGGUUAUAUCAAGAUAUGGUUUUCAUUAGUUCUGGAUUCCAGUUCUGCUGUUUGCAGUGUUCAUUCAAUGUUAUCAUGUUUACGAGAACAAAAGGCUUUGGGUGAAGUUAGAAUACCAAGUCUUACUGUUUUUGUUGUUACUUUUUUAACUUUAAUAUAUUCUGUAAAUGUGAUUCGAGUUAUAAACUCCCUUUUUUUUUGUUAAGGUUCUUCAUUUAGAUCUAAGACUGUCUCCCAUUGUUGAGCACAAAUAUCAGUUUAAAUGUCCUGUAGUGUUAAAUGUCCAGUAGUGUGCAACUAAACUCAAAGGUCAAUUGCCUAUUAGUGCAUUCAAUUAGUUAUGUCCAGUGCCAGACCUAUACCCUUUGAGUGUUAGAAAUGUGGGCAGCUGAUUGUUUUUCAUAUUAAAGAAAAAAAUUAGUCCGAAACGUACAUGACAGAAUUAACAUAACACAUAAAAACAUCUGGGAAGCCCAAACUGAAGACUAAGGACCCAGUGGUUAUAAUAACCAAGUACAUUUAUGAAACCUAAAAUAUCCAUCCAUACAGUAUAGCACAAGAGCUGGAAGGCAACGUGAUACAAUAACCAC